UUUUUGAGAAGACAUGCUAGAUCCUCCUUUUAGCACCUCUGAAGUAAAGGAGGAUACUCAUGCUACCUGGCAUGAGCUGCAACCCAGCGAUGCAGUUAAUCAACUCGAAGCUUUGUUUUACCAACAAGCAACUGAGGAAAAUGAGGUAUCCCUAUCAAGAAGACAAAAGGUAUCCUUGUUGGAGGAGCUAAAACUUCCUUAUGAGGAAAAGAGGGAAAUGCUGGAACCUCAACUGAAAUUUUUAAGAAAAUAUUUAGCUGAAUCUCAGAAAGAUUGUGAAGAAUUUAAAGGGCAAUUACUGCAUAAAGAGACUCUUAUUGCUGAUAAUAUGUCUAGCUAUGCUGGUGGUCUUUGUUUGAAAUGUGCGCAGCAUGAAGCUGUUCUUUCCCAAACACAUAAUAAUGUUCACUUGCUUACCAUCCAAAGGCUGACCAAAGAAAGAGAUGACUUAAUGUCUGCAUUAGCUUCAGUAAGGAGUAGCUUAACAGAUGUGCAACAGAGAGAAGCAAGUGCCUAUGAGCAAGUGAAACAAGCUGUGCAGAUGACAGAGGACGCCAACUUGGAAAAAACCAAGACUUUAAUACAGUGUGAGCAAUUGAAGAAUGAGCUUGAAAAGCAAACAGAGCGCCUUGAAAAAUUACUUGCGUCUCAGCAAGAGAAACGAACUUUUGAGAAAGAGGUUUUUAAAAAAGAAAUAACAAAAGAAAGAGAGGACAUGAAAUCAAAGAUGUUGGCAUUGUCUCAGAAUAUUGCCCAACUAGAGGCCAAUGUUGAAAAGGUUACAAGAGAGAAGAUUGCAGCUACUAAUCAAUUAGAGGAAAUUCAGAAGAAGCUUGCUUCCCAGGAAAUGGAAGCCGCAAAGGUGUUUGGGGAAAUGCGCUAUGAGUUGAAUAAACUCAAAAUGGAAAAAGAUGGCGCCGAAAAGGAACACAAAGAGUACCAAACUAAAACUGAGAGAAAUCUUGCUAUUAAAAGUCAGGAAACAGAAAAACUGAGAUUAGAACUGAGUGAAAGCAAGCAACACUUGGAACAGGAGCACCAGAAGGUAGCACUGGCCGGAGAGGAGUGCCUGAAAUUGACAGAACUGCUGAGCAAAUGUGAGCACCAACUGCACCUCUCCAGACUGGAAAAAGAUAGCAUUAGGCAGAGGUUCAGCAGUGAAGCAAAGGCCCAAGACCUUCAGGCCCAGCAAAGAGAGCAGGAGCUGACACAGAAGAUACAGCAAAUGGAGGCCCAGCAUGACAAAACUGAAAGUGAACAAUUUUCAUUGAUGAUUUCCCAGAACACAACUUUGAAAAAGUUAAAGGAAGAGUGCUGUACAUUAGUUGAGAAAUUAGAACAAAUGUAUCAAAAAAGCAGAUCAAAAAUGUCUCAGUUCAGUCAAGAAAAAAGGUACAUGUAUGAGAAACUGGAAAAGUUACAGAGAAGGAAUAAUGAACUGGAAAAACAAUGUGUCCAGCAUGGGAUACUACAUGAGAAAAUGAAACAAAGAUUAAUACAACUGGACACGUACAGUCAGGUGACAGCCCAACAACUGGUACAAGUCCUCAGCAAACAGAACCAGUUUCUGCUUAAACAACAGAACCUUCCAGAAGAUGUAGAGCAUCUGCAAGGACAGGAAAUAUACCAAAUUAUGAAAGUGGAUCAGUGCUCAAGCCAGCUCAGCUCAUUGCAUCAGAGAACAGGGGAGCCAACUGAGGCAAAGAUCAGAUUUAAAGGAGCCUCUGUAUCUACACAUUCACACUGGAAACCAUAACUUAUUCACAGUAAAAAUGAAGUCUGAAGUACAGAACUGAAGUUGACAACUUCCACCACAUUCUCUUUUGUAUAAGUUAUUCUCUCCAGCC